AUGCUACUGAUGGUGGAACAGGGCAUUCGUGGUGGGCUGGUGCAGGCCGUCAAGCACUAUGUCAAGGCCAACAAUCCAAAGACACCUGGCUACGAUCCGACAAAACCAAACUCAUGGAUCGUGUAUCAAGAUUGCAAUAACCUUUACGGGUGGGCUAUGAGUCAGCCCAUGCCGUACGGUGGCUUCCGGUGGUAUGAAGGAUCAGAUCCUCUGGCCGAUCUCCAAUUGCUUUCGGACACUGGUAAUACGGGGCGUAUAUAUGAAGUAGAUGUAUUGUAUCCAGAAGGGCUGCAUAUCGAGCACAACGACUUGCCGUUCUUGCCUGUCAACGAUGUACCACCGGGUUCCAAAGAGACUAAACUCAUGGCCACUUUGAAACCCAAACAGCGGUACGUCGUACAUUACGUUAAUCUUAAACAGGCGAUCGCACACGGACUGCAAGUCGAUAAAGUGCACCGCGUUUUAGAGUUUCAACAAAGUGCUUGGUUGAAACCAUACAUUGAGUUGAACACUGAAAUGCGGAAAAAGGCGGAUAAUGCUUUUGAAAUAGCAUUUUUCAAACUAAUGAAUAAUGCCGUCUUUGAUAAGUGCAUGCUCAAUGCUAAAGUGGGUUAUUCGAUAAUUUUUACAUUUUAUAGGGAAAACAAUGGAGAACAUGCGGAAACGCAUCCGUAUUGAGCUAAUCUCCAGUCCCGAA